AUGGGUAGAUAUAUAAGCAGCAGCGAAGCUAUCUGGCGUAUUUUCAGUUUUCCAAUACACGAAAGAGAACCUUCUGUCCAGCAUCUUGCAGUACAUCUUGAAAACGGUCAACGAGUAUAUUUUACCGAAGAAAAUAUUCUCCAAAGAGCAUUUGAGACACCGAAAACGACACUAACUGAAUUCUUUACAUUAUGUCAAAAAUCUGAUGUAUUCGGCCAAUUUGCAAAAACAUUAUUAUAUACCGAUGUUCCACGCUAUUUUACAUGGAAUAAAAUAGGGAAAAAGUGGGAGCCCCGUAAGCAAGGAAAACCACAUCCAUCGAUCCCAGGCAUAUUUAAAGCUAAGACAUUGGGACGACUCUACACUGUACAUCCUAAACAACUGAACGAUCGAGUGUUCAAUACAUAUCAAGAUGCAUGUUGCGAGUUGCAACUACUGGAAGCAGAUAAUCAUUGGGACUUGACACUUGCUGAUGCAGCAUUGACAUCUACACCGAAUAAUAUUUGUCAACUAUUUGCAAUAAUUUUGACAACAUGUUUUCCAACACAAUCAUCGACUCUGUGGGAAAAAUAUAAAAAUUAUAUGACUGAAGAUAUACUGCAUCGAAUUAGACGAACAAAUCAAUGUCCAAAUUUAGAUUUCACACCAGAGAUGUAUAAAGAAGCAUUAGUGUUGAUCGAAGAUUUAUGUAUUUUAAUUUCAAAUUUGCCACUUAGUCAUUAUGGAAUGUCAUCACCUGAUCGCCCGGCUGCCGACUUAGUUAACACUGAUUUGCAACGAGAAAAACAGUACAAUGACGUUGACUUAGCUACAAUUAUUGUGAAUAAUAAGCCAUUACUGACAGCCGAACAAAAAAAUAUUUAUAAUCGGAUAAUGCUGACCGUUGAUGCUGACCAAGGUGGGUUUUUUUUCUUAGACGCACCAGGUGGAACAGGUAAAACAUUCUUAAUAUCAUUAAUUCUUGCAAAGACACGUUCCCAACAGAAAAUUGCUUUGGCAAUUGCAUCGUCAGGCAUUGCUGCAACUUUGUUAGAUGGUGGACGAACAGCACAUUCAGCAUUGAAGUUGCCAUUAGACAUUCAUAACAAACCAAACGCAAUGUGUAACAUUAAAAAAAAAAGCGGAAUGGCUACAGUGUUGCAAAAAAGUGCAAUAAUAAUUUGGGAUGAGUGUACUAUGACUCAUAAACAUUCACUUGAAGCAUUUCAUAGAACUAUGCAAGAUUUGAAAGGCAACCAUAAACUUUUCGGUGGUACUGUUUUACUACUGUCCGGUGAUUUCCGGCAGACUUUACCAGUUAUUCCUCACUCUACUUUUGCCGAUGAGAUCAACGCAUACUUAAAACAAUCGUUUUUAUGGACAAGUGUUGAGACACUUCGACUGACUAUGAAUAUGCGAGUACAAUUGCAAAAUGAUCCAACAGCACAAGUAUUUUCUAAACAAUUGCUGGAUAUUGGAAAUGGUGAAAUUGAGUUGCAUCAAAAUACACAAUACAUAAAAUUACCAGAUAUUUUCUGCACUGUUGUUGAAACGAGAAAUGAACUAAUUGAGAGUGUCUUUCCGGAUAUAUUGAAUUAUUAUUUAGAUCACAAUUGGCUCUGUAAUCGUGCUAUUUUGGCAGCAAGAAAUGUUGAUGUGAACGAAAUUAACUUCCAUAUACAACAGAUUUUGCCCGGUGAUUUGAUGUCUUUUAAAUCAAUCGACACAGUUAUUGAUGAAAACGAAAUCGUAAACUUUCCAACUGAAUUUUUUUAA